GCGUGGUCUCGCGAGAGUCCGCGCGGGCAGCGGAGCGGGCGCAGGGCGCGCUGAGACCGUUGUCGUGGGCCCAUGGCGGCCGCGGAGGCGGCGGCCGCGCCCGACCCCAGCGGGCUCUCCCCGAAGGAGGAAGGGGAGCUGGAGGAUGGCGAGAUCAGCGACGAUGACAACAACGGCUUCGGGCCCUAUGGCGGCGGCUCCGAGCGUGCCGGCGGCCUCGGUGGCGGCGGUAGCAGCAGCAGCAGUAGCAGGCCGUACUCGAGGCGCCGGCCGCCCCCCGGGUUCCACGGGAGCGGCUCCAUGUCCUCCCCCGGGCGGCCCUUCCCGCGGUCGCGGCACCAGCCUCCGCCCGACGCGGGACACGUGCACGGCCACGGCGGCUACCGGCCCAAGGACUCGUUCCGCUCCCACCCGCCGGCGCCGCGGAUGCCGCCGGGCUCGCACUCGGACACGGGCCCCCGGCUCUCCUUCUGGGAGCGCAGCCACAACGCCCUGGAUCGGUUCCGCUUCCGAGGCCGGCCCUACCGGGGCGGUGGGCGCUGGGGCCGCAGCCGAGGCUGCAGCGAUCGGCCGGGCAACCCUCCGGGGAGGCCGCCCGGAGGGGGAGGCGGCGCCGGGUUCAGCAGCAGCCAGGGCUGGAGGGAGCCCUCCCCUCGGAAAUCUAAAACUUUUGGAAGGUCCCCAUCUAGAAAGCAGAACCACUCUUCUAAAAAUGAAAGCUCUGUGGAAGAAAGUUUUGAGGAUCUGCUCUUGAAGUAUAAGCAGAUACAACUAGAACUUGAACACAUUAAUAAGGAUGAAAGACUGGCUUUGAGCAACAGGGAAGAAAAUGAAAAACAAGAUGAUGAAAAAGCAGUGGACACCGAGGACCAAAAAACUGUAGAAAAUGACAGUAUUAAAACGGACUCUGUAAAAGAAGGACCUCCUGAGGAGAAAAAUCCGGUUAUGGGCUUUCAGGCAUUUGAACUGAAACCUCUCAGACAAAGACUGCCUACUCCAGCUGAGAGGAGCAGAUUGAAAAAAGGCAAAGAAGGAAUGAAGCAGUCCUCACAAAAAUCUGAAGCAACAGAAUCUGGCCAAGGUACAGAAGACAAAGAGCAAACAUCAGUGCGAAAGCUUAGCAGUUCAGAUGUUGCAUCUGAAAAGAAGCUGCUUGAUGAUGAGGAGGAGAUGUCUGAAUUGCAACUUAGGCUUCUUGCACUUCAGUCUGCUAGUAAAAAAUGGCAGCAAAAAGAACAACAGGUGAUGAAGGAAAGCAAGGAAAAAUUAACAAAAACGAAAAGUGUAACACAGAAAAUGAAAGCCAGUACAAAAGCACAUUCAACAAAAAAACCUAGUACUACAGGCAAGCAAGCUUUGAGGAAGCAACAGACAAAGACAUCGAAGAAGAUGCAGCAGCAAAAGGAACUAGACAGGCGGAAAGAGGAAGACCAGAGGAAACAAGAAGAAGAGGAAGAGAGAAGGAAGAGAGAAGAAGAAAUAAGAAAAAUUAGGGACCUCUCAAAUCAAGAAGAACAGUACAAUCGAUUUAUGAAGCUAGUUGGAGGAAAGAGGAGAUCAAGAAGCAGGUCAUCAGAUACAGACUUGAGAUGGUCUUUGGAUAAGCAGUCUACAGAGAGUGCAGGAGGCAUAUAUCAGUAUGAUAAUUAUGAUGAAGUUGCUAUGGAUACAGACAGUGAAACUAACUCACCAGCUUCUUCUCCAGUUCAGCCUCCUUUCUUUGAGUGUCCAAUAGGAUAUUUUCCACCUCCAGUACCACCAAUUUCCUUGCCACUACCUCCUCCAAUUCCACCUGUAACGUCUUUGAGCCAUCUUUACAUGGAGGGUAUUCCUUGCGUUUCUCUUGAGCCACCUCCACCUCUUCCCCCUCUUCCCCCUGAAGAGCCUGAACAGCCACCAAAACCUCCGUUUGCUGAUGAGGAAGAGGAGGAGGAGAUGCUCUUAAGAGAAGAAUUGCUCAAGUCUCUAGCCAACAAGCGUGCUUUCAGAGCUGAGGAAACAUCAAGUAACAGUGGUCCACCUUCCCCUCCUGUUCCAGACAACUUGCAGCCUGUGCCAAGAAGUAAUCUGUCUGCUGUCAGUAUUAAUACUGUGUCUCAGCCACGAGUGCAAAGUACAAAGUUUGUUAGAGUACCGAGGCUUCCACGAGCAGUGAUUACACUUCCAAAACACAAGUCUGUUGUGGUUACAUUAAAUGACUCAGAUGACAGUGAGUCUGAUGGAGAGCCCUCUAACUCAACUAGCAGUGUGUUUGGAGGACUAGAAUCUAUGAUAAAAGAAGCAAGGAGAAAUGUUGAGGCAUCAAAAAUCAAAGCCCCUCCAAAAUCAGAAAAAGAGAAUGAUCCAAUGAGAACUCCAGAAGCUCUGCCAGAAGAUAAGAAAAUAGAAUACAGACUUCUAAAAGAAGAGAUUGCCAGUCGUGAGAAACAGCGCUUAAUUAAGUCUGAUCCAGUGAAGAACAGUUCGUCCCCUGCAAAUUCUGAUUGUGAAGUUGAUGGAAUUGGGAGAAUAGCAGUAGUGACCAAACAAGUCACAGAAGCAGAAGCAAAGCUGAAGAAAAACAGAAUGCUGUUGAUAAAGGAUGAGUCUGUCUUGAAAAAUUUACUGCAACAACAGGCCAGGAAGAGAGAGAAUGUUCGAAUUGCUGAAAAUAAAAUUAACAAACUGGCUGAACAGCUACAAGCAACAGAGAAGAUCUUGAAUGCUAACAAGGCAUUUCUCAAGAGGCUUCAGGAGCAUAUACAUAAAGUUCAACAACGAGUUACAGUAAAAAAAGCUCUGGCAUUAAAAUAUGGAGAAGAACUUGCUCGAGCAAAAGCAGUAGCAAGUAAGGAAAUUGGGAAACGAAAGCUAGAGCAGGAUCAUCUUGGUCCAAGCAAAAUGUUGAAAUUGGAUAUGUCUCCUGCAUCAAGUCCAAAAAAGCCUUCAGCAGAAUUGAUUGCACUAGAGAAAAAACGACUGCAGCAAUUAGAGUAUGAAUAUGCUCUAAAGAUUCAGAAGUUGAAGGAGGCCCGCGCACUUCAAACCAAGGAACAAUCAAAUACUGCACCUCAUGUAGAAGAGGAAUCUGAAUUUGCAUUACCUCAGCCAUCGCUUCAUGAUCUUACACAGGACAAAUUGACUUUGGACAGUGAAGAAAAUUACUUUGAUGAUGAAGUUUUGUCUAAUUCAAACAGAGAACGAAGGAGAUCUUUCAGAGAAUCAAAUUCUUUUACUAAGCCAAAUCUUAAACACAUGGACACUCCAAAACAAGAAACUAUAAACAAACUUUCUAAAAAGGCUUCUGAGAAGCCUGAGUUGUUCCUUGGGUUGAAUAUCGAUGAACUGAAAAAACUUUAUGCUAAAGCUGACAGCUUGAAAGAACUGCUAAUGAAAAGUACUGCCCUUAUUGUGCCUAAGGAAGAUCUCUUGUGUGGUCAGGAAAUUUCAGUGGACAUGGAUUUUUUUACGUCACAAAGUAAACAAGCUGAAGUGAAACCAUUUCCAUUUGGACCGUAUCGUAGUCCUCUUCUAUUAUUUAAAUCUUACAGGUUUAGUCCUUAUUUUCGUACCAAGGAAAAGCUGUACCUCAGUUCAAUAACAUACAGCAAUAUGAUUGAGCCAAAACAGUGUUUCUGCCGCUUUGAUUUGACAGGCACCUGUAAUGAUGAUGACUGUCAGUGGCAGCACAUGAAAGAUUGCACUCUUAGCCGUAAGCAGCUCUUUCAGGAUAUUCUGUCUUACAAUUUAGAACUGAUUGGUUGUUCAGAAAAAAGCACUGAUGAGGAAAUCAGCACUGCCACAGAAAAAUAUGUUGAAAAACUUUUUGGUAUAAACAGAGAUCGUAUGUCAGUGGAUCAGAUGGCUGUUCUUUUGGCCAGCAAUGUCAACGAGAGUAAAAGUCACACACCUCCACAUACAACUUGGAAAGAGAAAAGGAAAUGGAGACCAAAGUACUGGAGAAAGCCUCUGCUAGAUAGUAGCAGCAGUGAAGAGGAACAGUUUGUUGGACCUAUUAAAUAUGCCCAUCCCACAGAACAUAAAAAGAGAGUUCCAGUGCUUGAUACUGUGGUGACUCCAGAUGAUGUCCGGUAUUUUACAAGUGAGACUGAUGACAUUUCCAACUUGGAAGCAAGUGUGCAAGAAAACCCCUGUGAUGUGCAGCUUUGGAUUAAACUUGCAUAUAAAUACUUGAAUCAAAAUGAAGGCUCGUCAUCUGAGUGUUUAGAUUCUACUUUAAAUGUUUUGGCUCGAGCCCUGGAGAACAACAAAGAAAAUCCUGAAAUUUGGUGUCAUUACCUCAGACUUUUCUCAAAAAGAGGAACCAAGGAGGAGAUACAGGAGAUGUGUGAAACAGCAGUGGAAUAUGCUCCCUCUUAUCAAAUCUGGUGGACAUUUUUGAAUUUGGAGAAUUCCUUUGAUGGAAAAGACUAUGUAUGUGGGAGGAUGCUACAGUUCCUAAUGGAAGUGACAGGAGGAGGAGAAAACCCAAAUCUUGUGUCCUUUCAGUUGCUGGAAACUCUUCUCUACAGGGUUCAUUUAAGCCUGUUUACAGGAAGACAUCAGAAUGCUCUUAUUCUGCUGCAGAAUGCUUUAAAAUCAGCAAAUGAAAAGAUAUCAGAACACCUUACUGCAAGUGACCGUUGCUUGGCUUGGCUGGCUUACAUACAUCUAAUUGAAUUUGGUGUUCUCCCAGUAAAAUUCUAUGAUCCAGCUAAUGUCAGUCCUUCAAGGAUUGUGCACAAAGAGCCAUUUUUAAUACCAUGGCAGACAGUUCAAGAUGUGAAGACUGAUCCUGAUACACUUUUAGCUAUGUUUCAAGAUGCAGUCAAAACAUGUACUGAUGAAAGCCUUGAGGCUGACAAAAGAAUAGCUACCUGCUUUCCUCUCUAUAGGAACAUGAUAGCUUUGCUGAAACUUCUUGAAAGGUGGGAGUCUGCUGCAGAACUUUGUAGGUCUUUAUUGGAGCUCUGCCCUAACAACUGUCAGCUCUUGGAGAGUUUGGCCACCUUGUAUUUGCAGAUGAAGCAGGGCGAAAAUGCCCACAAGGUGUGGAUUGGUGCUUUUGAGAAGAAUCCUCAGAAUGCAGAAAUUUUUUAUCGGUUGUGUAAAUUUCUUGUUUCACAGGAAAGGUCAAGCAGUAUUCUUCCACUGUUACAAGAUUUUGUGGCAGCUUUCUUUGAAAAUACAUGCCAAGAGCAUGGUCCCAUGGAUCUAUUAAGAUAUCUCUUGAAUUUUCCAAUGCCAAUUGAAUUUACAUCACCUCUCUAUAAAGAACAUCUUACAGAUGAUGUUGUUAACCAGCAAAUCCCGUAUCUGUGGCAGAUCUACUGUUUGUGCCAGUCUCUUCAUGCAAGUGUUGGUGAAGCACUGGAUGCUUAUGAAGCAGCUCUGGGGGCAGUGAUGCAGCAAGAAACUGUUCAGAACAUUUGGUUGGAUUACCUUGUUUUUCUCAAUAGCAAAGUUGUUGAAUCCAGCAACAAAGUUCAAGAAUUCAAGCUUUUUACUGAUCUAGUGAACAGAUGUCUGGUGACAGUCCCCACACAAUAUCCAAUUCCAUUUAGUACUGCUGAUUAUUGGACCAAUUAUGAGUUUCAUAAUAAGGUAAUUCUUUUUUAUUUGAGCUGCAUUCCAAAAUCUCAGCAUUCCAAAACCUUGGAACGGUUUUGUUCUACCAUGCCUACUAAUCCUGGACUUGCACUGAGACUGCUUCUGCGAUACUGGGAGGAGAGCAAUGUUCAGAUUCUGAAACUACAAGCCAAGAUGUUUACAUAUAAUAUCCCAACAUGCCUGGCCAUCUGGAAAAUAGCCAUUGCUGCCGAAUGCUUUCUAAUGGGACAAAGAGAAGUCCAUCAUUUAUAUCAGAGAGCCCUUCAGAAGUUACCUCUAUGUGCAACACUAUGGAAAGAUCAACUCUUGUUUGAAGCAUCAGGAGGAGGUAAAACUGAUAACCUGAGAAAACUAGUUUCCAAGUGCCAAGAGGUUGGAGUCAGCCUAGAUGAGCUUUUAAAUUUAAACACUUACAGAACAGAAAACAAGAAUCUGUGAACGCUGGGUAUGGUCAGCCCUAAGUCCUAUAAAAUGCCAAAAUCAGUUGAAUGAUUCUUCAGGCUGAUCUAUGCCCUAAGAUCUAUGUAAGGCAGAUGAGUAUUGCUGAGCAUAUCAAGUCUUCAGUCUGCUUUCCUUGAACCUGGAAACAAUUAACAUGACCUUCUUCUGGAAACAUGAACUCCCUGUCUGGCCUUGCUUCUGGGCCCUGCCAGAUUCUCAUAACGUCAUCUACGUAAGUAUAGUUAAUCAAAAUGACAGACUUUAUUUUUUUAUGUUUUCUUUUUAUUUACUGUUUUCUUUGUUUUGCUGUUCCUGAUUCACUUGACACUCUCGCUGAUGCCUGAGAGAUCUGUGUUUGGGAUUAAUUUACUGGGCUGUGUUUACAGUAAAAAGCAACUAGUCCAUUUUGGGUUUUUUUCCUUUUUUAAACCUUUUUUGAGACUUUUUCAUUACAGGAUUUAAAACAAAAGCAGCCGCUCUUAAGGAAAGUGUAACUGCCGUGGCCACAAGUAUGCUUCUUGCACUUGAAGGCUCUAAGAGGGUUGCUUACUGCCCUUUUCUGCAUUGGACUCAUGGCAGAGACUAUUAAACUUGAAGAUUAAAGAAACUUUUGCAAAUGCCAGUGCAUCAGAACCUAAGAGUGGUCAAUUAUGUGCAAUUUUUUGUAAAGAAAUUUUAAUUUAUAAUAAAGUUUAACAGUUUAAAGAAAAA